CUAGUAUUUUAUUUCUCAAGCAUUACUUGUCCUAACAAAAGUUAUAACAUUGUGAAAAAUGUGUGUAAACUCAUAAGUAAUAUGUUAUGCUAAGCAGUAGUAGGAUUUUCGGUUAUUGUAGUAAUCAGUAACUAAUCAUGGUGCCAGUAGCAAUAGAAGGUUGCACCCAGGGUGCCGAAGGUGGAGGAGCUCGAGGUGGAUCCAUAUCGCUAGCAUUACUGAUAGACUUUAUCGUACAAAGGACUUACGAUGAACUCACAGUAUUGGCUGAGCUUUUACCUCGCAAAACAGAUAUGGAGCGCAAAAUUGAGAUAUAUAAAUUUAGUGCACGAACGCGACAGUUGUUUGUGCGCUUGUUAGCCUUAGUAAAAUGGGCAAGCAGUGCCACAAAAGUGGAUCGCUCUGCUCAUAUUAUGGCAUUCCUUGACAAACAAGCCUUGCUGUUUGUGGAGACAGCUGAUGUUUUGGCCAGAGUAGCUCGUGAGACUCUGGUCCAUGCCAGGUUACCAACUUUCCACAUGGCAGCAGCAGUAGAGGUGCUGACGCUGGGUACAUACAGCAGAUUGCCGGCAGUGAUCCGGGAGCGGCUGGUCCCGCCUCCGUCGCUGACGGCCGGCGAGCGCCGCACCACAUUGCGUGCUCUUGCGCAUGUCGUGCGCCAACGCCUUACUACUGCUUCUUUACCUAGCGAUAUUAGGAAUUUGAAGGUGGAGAAUGGACGCGCCACAUUUACUGUAGGUCAAGAGUUCAGUGUCUCUCUCACUGUGAUGGGGGAUGCACCCAACUUGCCAUGGCGUCUGUUGGAUAUUGCUAUACUUAUUCAAGAUAGUGAAACUGGCGAGGGCAAGCCCCUAGUGCACAGUUCGCAACUAGCGUGGUUGCGCGGAGUGGCACAGGCUAGAUUAGCUGCAGCCGGACUUAGCGGAGCAUUGACUGCGUUGCGCUACUUCUGUCGCUCGCUCUCUCUCGAGCUGCUCUACACGCAGACGCUGAGACUGUGCCGAGACCGCCUGUCGCGUCAUCUCCAAGUAGACAGAUAUACACCCGGACAGAAACUGCAGGUUUCUUAUUGGAGGGAGCUGGGCUGCGAGCUGGGCUACCGGCUGAUCAUCGGCGCGGAGGGCUCGCAGCUGUGCGUGUGGCACGUGCCGGCGCUGGCGGGCGGCGAGCGCGUGGCCAGCGCGCUCACGCCGCACGCGCCCUCCAUGGAGCGUCUGCUCGCGCACACCGUGCACGUGCGCAGCCGACAGCGCCUCAACGAUCUCAAAGUGCUGCUCAAUGACUUGGGGGUGGAGUGCAGCGUGAGCGGCUGGCCGUGCGUGCUGGCGUGCUCGGUGGUGGCGCCGUGCCUGCGCGCGGAGCAGCUGCUGGUGUGCGUGGGCGCGCACGGCGGGCGGCUGCGCGCGCGCGUGCCGGCCUACCCCGCCACGCCGCGCAUGCCCGACCUCGCCAACGCGCUCGCCGCCACCAAUGUGCCGCUUAUUAAGACGCUGCUCACGCAACUGAGGUUCUGGUUAGUGGCGCGUCGUUGCGAGAAGACCCUGCAGCACCUGCCAGCGAGCGUGUGCGAGCACCUGCCGUUCCUGCACGGGCCUGACCACCCGCUCAGCAAGCUGUCUCCCGACCGGCUCUACGUCACGCUGCAUCGACACACCGAUCAUAUACUGAUCGUAGAAAUGAAAGAGGUGGCGGCUGGCAGUACAGCGACGACGAGCAACAGCGCCAACAGCGGCAGCGCGUGCUCCGUGGCGCUGUCCUUCCACCUCGCCGGCGCAAGACGCUGCACGCCCGACGAGUGCGAGGACGAGGGUUCAGCCAGCAGUGCAUCAACCUCGACGACAGCGACUCGUGCCUACUUGAAACUGAAUUCCUUGGUUGAACUGGACACAUUCACUCUCACGCAUGGACCUUUUACACCGCUUGAUACACCAGGCAUGCAGCCAGGCAAGCGCAAGUUGUCUGCGGCAUCGCAGCGCAUAGUGCGCGUGCGUCAGCCGGCGUACUUCAUCCCCGAGCUCGCGCACGUCGUCGCCGCCGCGGAUGAGCGGGUGCCCUUCGUGAACCUGGCUCAAGAGUUGGCGCGUCGCGGCGUGACGCACGGCGGCGUGCAGCCGGAGUGGAGCGGGUCGGCGCUGGGCAUGCGCGUGGUGGCGCUGCCGCCGCCCGCCGGCGCCUGUCCGCGCGCCGCCGCCGCGCUGCGCGAGCGUCUGCUGGCCGCCACCAUACGACUCACUACUAAGAACCAGGCACGAGUGUGGACGGCGGAGAUUGUGUUCCACGGCUCGCCUGUAAGGACACCCAAUCCGAGAGAACAAGGCGAGCGUCGCUGCGUAUACCUGCAGUACGACUUGGGCACGGACGCGGGCCGCACGGCCGACGCCUUCCUCGCCGACUGGGCUGCCAUUGUGCAUCUGCACACCUUACUGCAUGAUUUCAUGCUCAGGCCUGCACAUGAGCGCGAGACGCUAUGGUCGGGCGUAUGCAUCCGUUCGUACACAUACCGGUCGCUGGUGGUGGGGUUCGGCACAGCGGCGCGGGCGACGGCCGUGCUGCAGUGGAGCGCGGCGGCGCAGCGCUACUCGCUCGCCACGCCGGCGCAUCAGCCCGCUGCUAACGCGCACCAUCUGCUGCAUCAUCAUCUCGACCACUAUAUCAACUGCCACAAAGACCUGAUGUCGUUCGGCGUGGUGCUGCGCGAGACGUACGGGCCGCUGCUGGCGCUGUCCCGACUGCCGACCCUGCCGCAGCUCGGGCUGCAUCACGUGCGGACACUCAUGCCCACGCCUACCUUCACGCUGUUAGCACACUCCUGGAGAAAGAUCCGCAUAGUAUACGCGGGCGCGUACUCUCUGGAAGUAGGCAUCCGGGGCGGCGGCAUCAUCACGAUACGCGACGGAGCUUACUCCAAGUUCGACCGCAACACUGUCGUCGACGAGUUCGCUCCUGCACUCGGUUUGAAGGCAUUCCUAUCGCGGUACGUUGAAGACAAUAUGAGCGCAAGACUGUUAGCUGAAGACGACAACCCGCCUUCGCCCAUGUCGCCCAUGCCUCCAGGUGGUUUGAGGUUCCCGGCGCCGUUAACACCGCCGCAGCCACAUACGCCGCACUCCGCGCCUGUCACCCCUCACCCAGCAUCGCCUGCGCAGCACCAGAUGGGUGGAGGAUCGUUCAACCUGACGUCCCCGCCUGGAGGCGCGGGCGGGGCGGGCGGUGGCGCGGGGGGCGGCAUCUCGGCGUCGCCCGCGUCCCCCAUGGCGCCGUCCCCUCACGCUGCGCCCGCCGCCUCCCCGCACCCGCCGCCCACCUCCCCCUUCACGGCCUGGCCCGCCUCGCCCUCGCUGCCACGCCCCUCGCCCGGACACCACCCUUCGCCCAGGCAUCACAUUGAUCAUAAAGCAGGCCCCCAGGCGAGCUCGAGCAGCUCGCGCGGCGGCUCUGGGCGCGGCUGGGCGGGGGCUCCGGCGACGCCGCUGGCGGUGUGCAAGCUGGAGACGCUGUGCACGCCGGGCGAGGCGCCGGCGGGCGCGCCGCCGGGGCCGGCGCUGGCGCCGCUGCAGCGCUUCCUCGCCUGCGUCUACAUGAAGCGCACGCUGCAGCGCUUCGUGCAGCAGGAGGAGUUCUUAACACUAGUGUCGGUGGAGGCGACGAGCCUGACGUUCCGCUGCGAGAGCGCGGGGCUGGCGGCGCGCGUGGCGCUGCACCCGCAGCACAUGCAGUCGCUACAUCUGCAGCUCACGCCGCUGCCCGACCACAACAAGGAACAAUGGUCCGCUGAUGAUCUGCAGGUGAUGGAGAAGUUCUUCGAGCAGCGCGUGGCGAUCGCGCCGUACCGCGCGACGGCGCUGCAGGGCUGGACGCGCACGUGGGGCGCGCCGGGCGCGGCGCUGGGCUCGCUGGUGGCGCUCAUGCGCGCCGAGCUGGCGCCCGCCGCGCCCGCGCUGUGGCAGCUGCACUGGGCGCUGCGCAUCCCGCCCGCCGCGCCGCCCAUCGUGCCCGCCGGACAGCCCGCCGUGCUGCUGGCUAAGCAUAAGAUACUCUUCUUUAUCUGCCUGACGCGCGGCGACACGCAGCUGGUGCUGCCGCUGGUGUACGACAUGCAGCUCAACGUGACGCAGCUGGCGGACAAGCAGAACGCGCAGCCGCACCUCAUCGCCGUCAGCUUGCAUCUCAAACGGUUCAACGAGUUCAGCCAGUCGCACGCGGAGUGCACGCUGUGGCCGGCGGUGCGCGACCUGCUCACCAACUUCACGCUGCCGCAGGAGGCGCCGCAGCCCGCCGCGCCGCCGCCGCCAUAACACCACGCGUACCACGACCUGCUGUAGCGUGACACCACUCCAACACUGACCGCUGUCACCUAUAGUGUGUAUCGUAUUCAGCCUGGCCCUACGAGUAACGAAGCGUGAAAACGAACUGCCCGUAUUCAACGGUAGAAAGUUGAAGACACCAUUGUGGCUAGCCUUAUAAACUUAUGUUUGUACAAAGAAUGUAGCUGUAAGUUGUAAGCUCAAUACCGCUGUCCUCAUCAAUUAGUAUAGCGGAAAGUUUGACUGUUGCUGAUUGUUAAAAUUAUAGUUUUUUAAUCAGUGGUCGAUCAAGAGUUUUUAUAAACUGUAAAUUAUUAUUUAAUAAAUGAAUAAUCUCACAAA